AAUGUUUCAAAUGUUCUCAAAGAACUUUGGAAUAUUUCAACAGAGAAUAAUAGUUUUGAACAAGAGAAAGAUCAGGUUGAAGAUAGCGAGGAUGAUGCUAAUAUGUUUUCAUUACAAAUUAAGGAUGUUCUUACAUUACAAAGCUAG